UCCAUCCACGAAACAUAAGAACUAAUAGAAAGAGCAUGACAAGCAACAACAUAAGCUACGAGAUUAGCCUUUCUAGGAGGAAAAAAAGAAGAAGAAAGAUUAACAAAAUUAUCUGAUAACCUAUGAAUAUCUUUAUCUAAAUAAAAAUUAAUGCCCAAAUACUUUUCUUCAGCCGAAAGCAUCUGAAUUGCUAGCAAAGAAUCACUCUCCACCACUCGAUUAGUAAAACCCAAUUGAACAGCAAAAGAAAUGCCUUCUUUCAACGCCCAUAAUUCAGCGGUCGAUGAAGAGCACACCUGCAGGAAAGGAAUGGCAAUAGCUGCCAUUAAUUCAAUUCACCUUCUGAAUUUCUCAUCACAACACCAACACCGGUACUCCAUUACUCUCCCUCAAAGCCCCAUUAACAUUAAUUUUAACCAGAGCUAGGCAAAGUCCACGUAGCCCCUUUUCUAUUGACCCGGGGUUGAUACACCAAACAAUGAGCGUCUACAAAGUCCAUUUGCAACCAUGCCAUACUACGAGUAAAAAUCGAUUAUCUUUCACUGGGUGUCCCUGCAUCGUUAGUCAAUAGCUUUUGAACAAUUAAAACCUUACCCCCUUCCGUAUAGACAUAAACCAAACCAAAGUCGUAGCUUCGUUAAUUUAUGUGGUUGCAAAAAAGGGUUUGAAAUUGUCAAUAAAAAGACGCCAAAAUAUUCAGUGACCCAGUUGGCUCGUUGACCUAUUUAUCUAACGUCAAAUUCACAAUGGCCUGCAAAUCCUGACUCAGCUUGUUCGGUUUACCUUUUCUUACAGCUAUGGCUUCCCUUAAUUAAGCCUUAUAUAAUAUGAAUGAAGUGCAACUAAUUUCAUAUGCAAAUAUCUUCAACAAAAAGCAUUUCAAUCAUAUUAUGAAUUAUUUUACAUAUGCUAUGAUUCACUAUAUAUUACUUCAGUUGCUCAUUUUCAGACUUUGCACUUGCUUAGACACUAUAUCCAUAAAAUCUCAUCCCAUUAGAGAUAGAGACAACAAUGUCUUGGUCUCCAGCGAAGGAACUUUUGCGCUUGGAUUUUUCAGUCCAGGCAAAUCAGAAUACCGCUAUGUUGGAAUUUGGUACCACAAAUUUCCAGAGCAAACAGUUGUCUGGGUUGCUAACAGAGAUAAUCCUAUAAACGGUUCCUCUGGCUUUCUCUCCAUUGAUACUACAAAUGGAAACCUCGUACUCCACAAAGCACACAGGAUUAAUCAAACAGUUGAGCUUGUCUGGUCAACGAAUUCUUCUUCAGCAUGUUCGCCUGCAAGUGACUGUGCAGCUCAGCUAUUGGAUUCAGGCAACCUUGUUUUGCUCCAUAACAUCAAUAAACAGGCUAUAUGGCAGAGCUUCGACCAUCCAACAGAUACAAUGCUUUCAAACAUGAAACUUGGGAUAUUUCGAAGAACUGGACAGAAUAGGUUCCUGACAUCUUGGAAGUCUGAGGAUGAUCCGGGAACAGGAAAUUGCUCUUACAGGAUUGAUCCAAGUGGGUUCCCUCAGCUGUUCUUGUACAAAGGCCAAUUUCCAUGGUGGCGAGGUGGUCCCUGGAAUGGGAAUGGCUGGAGUGGUAUGCCUUAUGCAAAAGUAUUCUCAGGUGAAUUCUCCGUCAAUGGGACUUUUGUGAAUGACAACAAUGAGAUCAGUGGUAUGUGGAGCAUGUUGGAUUCCUCAAUCUUGUCAAGACUUGUUGUAUAUGAGUCUGGAAUGGUUCAACGCUUUAUGUGGUCUGAACGAGCUGAGCCAAAAUGGAAUGGAGUGUGGUCAGCACCCAUGGACCGCUGUGACGAAUAUGGUCAUUGCAGUGCAUUUGGUCUUUGUGAUACUAGCAAUGCUGAACAAUUUGAGUGCAUUUGUUUACCGGGAUACCAGCCCAGGAAUCCUACUCAAUGGUACUUGAGAGAUCCAAAUCAAGGAUGUGUAAGGAAGCCUGGUUCCUUGAUUUGCAGGAAAGGUGAAGGGUUUGUGAAGUUGGAAAAUAUUAAGGUCCCUGAUACUUCUGAUGUUGAAGUGAUUAGUAGAGGUGUGAGCUUGAAAGCAUGUGAGAAGGAGUGCCUGAGGGAUUGCAAUUGCACGGCUUAUGCCCGUGCUAAUAUUAGUGAAGGAGGCAGUGGAUGCAUACUAUGGCAUGGGAAUUUGACUGAUACCAGAAAGUUCACAACUGGUGGUGGUCAAGAUUUUUACAUUCGCGUUGAUGAGCAUGAAUUAGCCAAAUAUACCAAGAAAUCGAAAGGUUUGCUUUCCACUAAGCGAACUCGUACAAUAUUGGUAGUCUCUGCUGUCUUAGUUUUGUUCAGCAUCAUCUUCUUUGCAUACUGGUUUCUAAAGAGGAAAACAAAAGGACAACGUAACUUGCUCCUUGAUGCUAACAUUACUUCUGAAGAAUCCUCCAUAGAGAAGAAUCUUGGGGAGAGUAAAAGACAUCCGGAUUUACCAUUCUUUGAUCUAAGAACCUUGAUUACUGCCACGGACAAUUUCUCAGUUGCAAAUAAGCUUGGACAAGGUGGAUUUGGUUCAGUCUAUAAGGGUCAACUAGUUAAUGGACGGGAGAUAGCGGUGAAAAGGUUAUCAAAACAUUCAGGACAAGGAAUAGAAGAGUUUAGGAACGAAGUCAUGUUGAUAGCAAAACUACAGCACAGAAAUCUUGUGAGGCUUCUGGCUUGUUGCAUCCAUAAGGAAGAGAAGAUGUUAAUAUACGAAUACUUGCCAAACAAAAGCUUGGACUACUUCUUAUUUGAUGCAACAAGAAGAUCAAAUUUGGACUGGACAAAGUGGUUCGAAAUUGUUAUUGGAAUUGCUAGAGGGAUCUUAUAUCUUCACCAAGAUUCAAGACUUAAGAUCAUCCACAGGGAUCUAAAAGCUAGCAAUGUUCUACUAGAUGCUGCGAUGAUUCCAAAAAUUUCAGAUUUUGGAAUGGCUAGGAUGUUUGGAGAUGACCAAAUCCAAGCAAAUACAAACAGAGUAGUUGGUACAUAUGGUUACAUGUCACCAGAGUAUGCAAUGCAAGGGCUAUAUUCAACAAAAUCUGAUGUGUUCAGCUUCGGUGUUUUGCUACUAGAGAUCAUUACUGGUAGGAAGAACACGAAUUAUAUUAGUGGAAGCCCCUACCCAAAUCUCAUUGGAAAUAUAUGGGAGUUAUGGAAGGAAGGAAGAGUGUUGGAUAUAGUUGAUCCAAUAUUGCGUCAGCCAUUUUCUGCUCAGGAGGAGAUUUCAAAAUGCAUCCACAUUGGGCUACUGUGUGUGCAGGAAAGUGCAACAGACCGACCGACCAUGUCCACGGUUAUUUUCAUGUUGGUUAAUGAAACCACUCUUCCUCCACCCAACACACCUGCAUUUAUUUUCCUACAGAAGACCUCUCAUAAUGGCGACUCUUCAACGUCGAGAUCAGGAGAAGCUGCUUCCUUGAACAGCGUUACCAUAACUACACUUGAAGCUCGUUGAGGUCAAUAUAUAAUAUAAGGUGUUACCUCAUUCUUCUUGUUCUUGCGUCUAGAACAUACAUGUGAAAAUGUGAUUCUAUUAGUUAAAAAUAUCUUAUUAUUUAACCGAUGGCUUUUGAUUUUACAAGUCAAAUAUAGGCCAACUUACAUAUUUCCUUAAGACCAAA